AUGAAGCCCGCGAGCAAGCAUUUCUGCUGCACCAUCUGUCAGCGGGGUUUCACCCGCAUUGACCAUCUCAAGCGACAUCAUCUCCGCCGUACGCUCCCUCCCAUCCUGCAUCUCGGCCCGCUUCUGGCUCGUGUCUGGCUCAUCCUUCAAUGCUUGUCGUGCGCUAACUUAAACGCUGUCCGUCAGAUUCCGGUAUUAGGCCUUAUUCCUGCGUUUUCUGCAACGAAUCCUUUGCGCGUUGGUUCGUGUCUUGCUCUCCCUCCCGCCCCUGGCUCUCGUCGGUUUCCCGACCGACGCUUCUCGUGUCAGAAGCGGAACCUACGGUGUAACAAUGAGCGCAAGCAAACAGCCGACAACCUGGAGCUGGUCUCGGGCUCGGCCUCGGGGAAGCGUGAGGAGUACGGAUCUUCCUCGGAUCGCGGGUCGAUCAAGUUCCUCCUCAACGGUGGUACGGACAGUUUCACGGAGGAGUUCCUCCUUCCGCCCCGCAGUGAUCGCGCUCGCGGUCUUGAAUACCAUAAUCAGAAGGGCCGACAAGAUGCAGAGCAGACAAUGCUCGACUUCCGGACAGGUGAUCCGUCAGAAUAUGCGCCCGCGUUCAUCGAGUCGGACCCGGCUUCCCUCUCGUUCUUCCAGGAUACCUUUCUCGAUUUCUUUAACGGUCCUUUCGGGAAUGUGAACAAAAUUGUCGGUGAUACCUAUGCAGGUGGAGGCAGCUUCCCCGCCAUGAUCCCCUCGAUACCGGAUCCCGGCCUCGCAUUCACCACGCAACCUACCUAUGAGCCGGAAGAACCGUACGCAGCCGGACUGUAUCAGGCGAUUCUAGCACGGGCGUGGUCGGUCCCUCUCGAUACCCAAGCGCAGGAGCGUUUGUCCACGUAUCUAAGCUUUUUGUUAACGCCUGCUCGCAUCGACAAGUUCGUACGGAUGUAUCUGGAGUACUGGCAGCCAAGUUGUGCCAUGGUUCACUUUGCGUCACUGAAUGUGAACACCGUAGCGUUACCACUACUUGCAGCACUCGUGUUCAUGGGCGCGACGUACACAACUGAUGAGCAGGAGAGGCAUGCUGCAAAGCAGGUGGUCGAUUUUGUAGAGCUCUACAUCUUCUCCAGCGAGACCUUCUCACCGGAGAAUGAGGUGGCUUUGGCAUUCUGUGGACGUCGGAUGUUUGACGGCGGGAAUAAUGAUUGGAUCCAGUUUCAGAAUCUUCAGGCUGGCUUCAUCAUUGUCAUUGCGCAGUACUGGUCGGGAAGCCCAGCGGCGCGCAAUCGAGCGAUGGAAAACCGGUUCAGCGAAGUCAUCAAGAUCGCUCGUCGAAUGGGCCUUCACAAAUGCCGUCAUAACCAACAUCAGGCUGUCUCGGAAUUCCAAUGGAUCCAGACAGAGUCUCGCAUUCGUACAAUGAGCAUCAUUCUGCUGCUCGACUGUGCAUUCUCCUUCUUCCAAAACUACCCUUGCCGUCUGUCCCAUAUUGAAGUCGAGUGUGACUUCCCUUGCGCCGAGUCCCUCUUCGCUCUCGAGCACCCAUACUCGGAUCGGAACUUCCAGGCCUCGAGGGGGAUCACAAUUCUGGAAGCGUUCCACAAUUUAUUCGAGGAUGACCCCAAGGACACGAUGCCUUCAACACCGGACUCGUCAGCGUCCGGCAGUAUGGCGAACCUGACAGUACUCGACAUGUUCAUACUGAUCCACGUCUUGUACACUUUUAUCAAUUCGCACAUGGCCUUACUGGGUCCUAUUCUCCGAAGGACCCAGAUGUCUCACCCGAAGCAUCUCUUCAGCUUCGAUGCCGCAGACAAGAGCCAGCCCGGAGCGAUCCCUGACGACCUCAUGCUAUCCAAUAUCCGAGUAGCACUGGCCCGAUGGCGCGAGCACUGGGUGACGCUGAGCAACACACUGUCGAGCCGCGAAUGGGCCUCGAUGGGCUUCUUCAAGAACGGGUACAAUUUCUGGUUGGUCUCCCAACUGCUCAUCACAAAGAAGAAGAGCGUGGACGUGGUGAUGCAGAUGGAGGUCAACUGUGAGGACAAGUUGCAGAAGCUAAAGGUUCUGCUUGAUGAGAAUGACUGA